AUGAACGCAGCGCUGUCUGCUCUGGCAAUUAGCACACUCAGUUUUCUGACACCAGAUGGAGCUUACUAUAUACCUCAAGUGGGCACUGGAAGGCGUUCUCAAUACGUCGUCAUUCAUAGAGAUGGAACUCACAAGUAUGGAUAUGACACUGGAAAGGGAGCCUUUGAAAGUGAUAAGUCUAUGUCUACAAGUAUUGGUCAACAAAAAGGAAGGUUUAGUUUCCUGGAGAAGGACAGCCUCAUUCGGAGUAGUGAUGUGGACAUGGCUGAAGUCAGCAAGGAACGUGGAGGAGAAGCACCUGACUUCAGAGGAAGCAAUAGCCUUUUCAGCCUCUUCGGGGAGGCUGAAAAACUCGAAGCAGGAAGAGAACUGCGAAGCUGUGGAGCAGCAGAAGGAAUGGCAGUGUUGUCUGCUGUGGCAGUUAGCACACUGAGUUUGCCGGGACCAGAUGGAGCCUACAACAUACCUCAAGUAGGAACUGGAAGGCGUUCCCAGUAUUUUGUCCUUCACAGAGAUGGUACUUAUAAAUAUGGCCAUGAUACUGGUGAAGGAGCCUUCGAGAGUGCCAAGUCUACAAGGGUUGGACAGCAAGAUGGAAGGUUUGGCUAUGUUGACCCUGAUGGCAAUUCCGUGAAUCUUCAAUACACAGCUGGUGAGGCUGGUUUUGUCCCAUCAGGAUCUCACCUCCCACAACCACAUCCUGACUUCCAUAAGGCCCAUGCUGCUGCAAGGGCUCGUCCACCUUUCGUUGAUCCCCUGGCCAACCCAAAUACUGAUGCUUCUUAUGGUUUCCAGUUUGCUGGAGAGGGACAAACAAGAUCAGAGCAAAGUGAUGCCACUGGAAAUGUCCGAGGAUCUUACUCCUACACAGACGAUAAUGGAAUCACAAGAACCUACUCUUACACUGCAGGUCGUGGCACUGGCUUCGUUGUAGAAGGUAAUGACCUUCCACUCUCGCCUCCAACUCCUGAAUCUUCUCCAUCUACUCCAGCAGCUACACGACAAUCUUCUUCAGGUGCCAGAUUUCCCUCAGGUUACAGAGCAACAGGAUCAUUAGGAUCUCCCUCAUCCAUCUCCUCCUCCUCCUCCCCUGGUUACAGGCCACCUGCUGCAGGUUCUGCGCCAUCUUCCUCUUCUGUUGUUGCAGUUAAGAGUGCAAGUGGAACCUUUUCCUCUUCACAAAGUGGGGCCUCUUCUUCACAAAGUUCAACUAAUAAUGAUGGCUCUUACUCUUUCUCCUUCAAUGCAGCUGACCAUUCUCGUUCAGAAUCUGCUGAUGCUGACCUUAAUGUACAGGGACAGUUUUCUUUUGUUGCUGAUGAUGGUGUCAGAAGGAGGGUUGACUAUCAAGCUGGAGCUAACAGAGGAUUCACUGCAUCUGGUGAUCAUCUCCCAACUGCCCCAACUUCAAACACACCUGCUUCCUCCCAGUCCUCUGGUUUCCGUCCAUCAACUUACCGAGCCCCAUCAGCUUCUCCUCAGGGUUCUGCCAGCACCACUUUCUCUAGCCAACGUCCAUCUUCUCUCGCUGCUCCUCAAACCUACUCUUCUGGUGCUCGUCCCUCCUCUUCCUCAUCUCGUCCACCUUUCGAAGAAGCUAAUACCCGCAGUGAACUCAGACCAGAUGGAAGUUAUGCUUUUGCAUAUGAAACGUCCAGCCACUCAAGGAAAGAAGCAGGUGACACCAACAACAAUGUUGAUGGAGAUUUUGCCUUUAUUGCUGAUGAUGGUCAACGACGACAGAUCCAAUAUCAAGCUGGUUCUGACACUGGAUUCAUUGCUGAGGGAUCCCACAUUCCUGUAGGUCCUAUUGUCCCUGGAGCACCUUCUGGUCAGCCUACAGGAAGGAUUACUCCUGUAAAAGAAGUCCCAUUCAUUGACCCGUUAGCUAAUUCCAAUGCUGAUGCCUCCUAUAACUUUGCCUUUGAUUCUGAACAGUAUUCAAGAUCAGAGACGGCAGAUGCUGAUGGAAAUGUUAGGGGAACCUACACUGUCGUAGAUGAUGACGGAACAAAACGCACCGUUCGCUUCCGUGCUGGAGAAGGUAUUGGUUUCGAACCUCAGGAGGUGUCUUCCUCAAGGGGACCUCCCCCAUCUCGAAAAUCUCCCUCCUCUUCCUCCCCAUCUCACAGAGGAACAGUUGGCUCACCAUCUUCCCCUGCAGGAGCAUUUGCUGCUUCACCAUCAUCUCAAGUUGGAACGUUCUCUUCAUCGUCACCUAGUGCCUCAACACGACCAUCUUCCCCCUCACAGUAUUCUGCUCCUUCUUCACAAACACAUGGUCCGGAAAACUUCAAACUCACUCAGUACGACGCCUCAAAGAACCCCAAUAAAUUUGGAUACGUCUUAACUUUCAACUGAUAAAGGACUCGGCCGCACCUUUCUUACAAACAACUAUGGGAAUGUGAUGUUAAUAAACGGGAUGAACCUUAAUUAGUCUUAGUUAAUAAUAUUUUUAUUAUGAAACUAAUGUAUUAUAUUUUCUCACUAUCACAGUACCUGCAUUACCAUGACAAGCAAAGCUUUGGCACAUGUAAAUAAAAACAAUAAAAAGUGAGCAGA